GGAGGGGCGGGGCGGGGCAGGGCCGGGCGCGGUGCGGCAGCUUCUGCCGGGCGCCGCGGCCAUGGCGCGACUCGCCGGGCUUCCUCCCGUCCAGGCAGCCACCCUCCUCCUCCUCCUCCUCCUCCUCCUCCUCCUCCGCCGCGCCGCCGCGGCCUCCCUCGUGCUGCGCGGCCGCCCGGCGGAGGGCAACGAGAGGCCCAUCGUUGGGAUAUUGUCACAGGAAUGUCACUUUGAGAAGUUCCACAGAUUUGGAAGUUCUUAUAUUGCAGCUUCAUAUGUGAAGUUUUUGGAAUCUGCUGGUGCCCGAGUUGUGCCAAUAAGAUUAAAUCUUUCAGAUGAAGAAUAUGAUAAAAUAUUCCACUCUAUUAAUGGGGUCCUUUUUCCAGGAGGUGGUGUGGAUCUUAAGACUUCAGAAUAUUCCAGGGUUGCUAAGAUAUUUUACCACAAGGCAUUAGAGGCUAACGAUAAAGGAGAUUAUUUUCCAGUAUGGGGAACAUGUCUUGGACACGAAGAGCUUACAUAUCUCACAAGUGGCGAAGUUUUACUUGUUAAUACCAAGACGGAUGGUUUUGCACUCCCUCUGAACUUUACCUCAGCUGCAAAAGACAGUAGAUUAUUCAAGAAUUUACCUGAUGAUGUAUUACAUGCGUUUGCUACUGAGCCACUGACAUCAAACUUUCAUAUUUGGAGCCUCUCCAUGGAGAAUUUCACAAAGAAUGAAAAGCUUCGUAAUUUCUACAAUGUUCUGACCACUAACACCGACGAUGAACUGGAGUUUGUAUCUACCAUGGAAGCAUACAAAUACCCAAUUUAUGGUGUCCAGUGGCAUCCAGAGAAAAAUCCUUUUGAGUGGAAGAAUUCACCAGGCAUUCCACAUUCCCCAGCAGCUGUAAGAGCAGCAUAUCAUAUAGCUGACUUCUUCGUUAAUGAAGCCCGGAAGAGCCUGCACCAUUUCCCCAGUGAAGAUGAGGAAACCAAAGAAUUGAUUUAUAAUUAUACUCCAGUUUAUACAGGAACAUUUUCUUCAUUUCAGCAAAUCUAUUUCUUUGAUUGAGAAUCGUGUCAAAGGUGCAGUGUUGCUAUUUAUAAAUGGAAUUAUGUGCUGGCAUUGCAUAAUUAAUCUGAUAUAGUGCACUGCACACGACAGAAAGCCAGAACAGUUCUCUUUCUUUGCAAUGAUUUAUCUUGUGUUUGUUCUGCACUGUUGGACCAUUAAUAUAAAAAUUUACAUUCGAUAACAUAAUUGUAUUGGAUCACACAUUAAGGGGAUCUUCCAGGGAAGAGGUCCUGAUUAUGCUUACAAACUUGGAAGCAAUCAUGUUUAGUACAAGGUAAAACACUGUAUUUGGAUAUUUUAAAAUAGGAGUCAUCUUUGUAAAAUGCUGUGGACUAUGACAGAACUAGAGGCUUAGAUACAUUGCUUAGUAAAAUCUUAUCCUUUUCAGUUAAUUUAACAAAUGACACUCUCGGGUUUGUCAUAAAUACGUGUAUGUAACCGAGUUGUUGACAGGGAUUAUGUUGUCAUUUGAAAAAUUGACCAAAAUAGUAAGGAGGCAUGAUAGCAAAGAGACGUUUUUGCCUAAAAGGCACGUGUUGUAUCUCAUAUGUGAAACUGUUUUUGUUGGUUUUGUUGUACAUUUAGCAUUGUUUGGAGAGCUUAUACCGUGUGAGGUCUACAUAACAUGAGGAUGCACUGUAAACUAGGCAUUGCAAAUAUCAGGUAAAGUAAGUAAGUUUGGAGGGCAUAGUUAAGUGCUGAUCCAGUUUCUGUUCUUUUCAAAUUCAGAUUUACAUAUCCUCCAAGAAAUUAUCUGAGUAACUGGAAUCAGCAGACGGAUACAAGAGGCAGACAUCCAUUCCCUUUGUACUUAAAAGAAUGUAAACCUAAUUUUUAAUUUACAUGGUCUGACUUUUCCUAUAGCUACUGGAUAGAAGUCUCACUUUGAGUCAAGAGGUAGUUUGCUAUUGUUAGUAAAGACAGUUUCUUUCUGUUUUGUUGAUAGUUUAAUGCAGCUAAAAUUCAAACAGCAGAUGAAUGUAUAUGAGAAACCUAUUAAUGUUGACAUCGUGUGAUAAUAGCAGUUGCAUUCGAUACACUGUGAUACCUUUUUUCCUUCUUUUUUUUUCUUUGCUUUGCUGCACACCUAGUUAAAACUUUGUUCAGUGGUUCUGUGUGGUGUCCAAAAAGGAACUAAGAUGAGACAAUCAAACAUAACUCUCCUCUAUUGCACAACUUCCAAACUCUGUUCACAUCGAGGGAUUUGGAGUUUAUGAAGAAUUUAGGUUUUUUACCUCAGCUCUGCUUUGUAGUACUUCAUACUCUCAAGUACUAUAUCUUGAGUAAAGCUGGUACAUUUCUCAGGUUUUUAAAGUAAAAGACUCUAACUUGUUCUUUAUCAUGAAACAACUGUGUAAGAAAAUGUGAAAUGCAUUAGUUAAAAAAACUGUAAGGAAACAUUAACUGUGACUACCAGAAAGACACUACCAGGUAAUUACAAGUUUAAAAGUGAUAUUGCAGAUUAUUUUUACAUUUGUCAGAUCAGCCAAAUUCAGUAAAUGGAACUUGUUUAUAAUAUUAUAGGUGACUUUAUUAAAUAUAUUAGCUUGACUCCUGAGUAGAACCAAUUGUAGAGCGAGGAUUAUUCUCUACAGUUUGGUAUAAAUGUAGCAGCUAGGAUACUUACAAACCAAGCUCAGUCUUCUACUUGUUAAGGCUGAGCUCUUAGGCAAGUUCUUAGAGCUAUGCCAAAGUAAGGAGGGCAGGAUUUAGCCUUAAAAACAGGGAUCAAUCUUGAAAGUGAAGCGUCUGCUAACUGUGAUGGUAGUAAUUAGUUCCUAAAUGUGUAACUAUAAGCAAUAGUUUGCAUAAUAUGAUGAGCAGUGUACUUGUUAUGAAUUUGUAUGUGUCUUUCCUCUAUAUCCUUUAUCUUGUAAAGCCUUAUUUGGUGGUAUCCAUGCUCGUUCUAUGAUAGAUGAAAUAAAAUUUUAUUCAAGCAGA